UGUAGGAGCAGCUGUUUGAACGCUUUUAAAUUAAAUCAGUACGCUUAGGGCUGUUUGAGUGUUACCUGUAAGCUGCUGGCGUAAAGAUGUCGCCCUUAACGCGUCUACUCGUGCUAGUGUUUGCUAUUGGCGCUGGUCUUGUAUAUAAGCAAUUGAAUCAUUUCUGGGGUGAUCUGCCGGUGCCAGUGCUGGACGAGCAGCAAUGGUGGGGCGAUGAGGCACAGCCCAAAGACUAUGCUGCUUACUUGGCCAAUAGCACGGAGAUUAUGGGCAAUCGUUUGGUCUAUCCAGAGGAACGCCUUGAGGAUCUGGCCAAGCUAUUGAAUCGCACGCUGCGUCUAACGCCGCCACUGGAGGGCGUUGCCUUUGAAUAUGGCUUCAAUAGCAACUAUCUUAAGGAACUGGUGGCUUAUUGGCGUGAUGAUUAUUUGCCGCGUUGGCGCUCGCGUGAAGUCUUCCUCUGGCAGUUCAAUCACUUCACAACCGAAAUUCAGGGUCUACGCAUGCAUUUUCUACACUUGAUGGCCUACGAUGAGAACAAGGUGGGCAAGCAGCACUAUCCGGUUUUGUUGUUGCACGGUUGGCCGGGAUCAGUACGUGAAUUCUAUGAUUUGAUACAUUUGCUUCAUCAGACCGAUCUAGAUGACAACAACAAAUAUAUAUUCAAUGUGAUUGUGCCCAGUUUGCCGGGCUAUGGCUGGUCUCAGGGCACUUCGCGCACUGGCAUGGGUCCUGCUCAGGUGGCCAUCAUGUUGCGUAAUCUUAUGCUGCGUCUGGGCUACAACAAGUUCUUUAUACAGGGUGGCGACUGGGGCUCCAUACUGGGCUCACACAUAGCCACGCUGUUUCCACAAAACGUGCUCGGCUAUCACUCCAACAUGUGCAAUAAUCUGAGUCCCAGAUCGAUGGUUAAGGGCAGCCUAGCUAGCCUCUGGCCCAGUUUAUUCGUGCCCAACGGCUUUGAAGACUUUUUCUUUCCCAAAUCGCGUGAGUUCAACUAUUUGAUGGAGGAAAGCGGCUACUUCCAUAUACAGGCAACCAAACCAGAUACCAUUGGCGCUGCCUUGACUGACAAUCCUGUGGGAUUGGCUGCCUACAUACUGGAGAAGUUCUCCACUUGGACGAAUGCCAGCUAUCGUGCUUUGCCCGAUGGUGGUCUGACGCGUCGCUACAAGCUGGACGCCUUGCUGGACAAUGUUAUGAUCUAUUAUCUCACCAAUUCUAUAACCACCUCACAACGUCUCUAUGCUGAGGCCUACACCAACGAGCAGCGGGCACUGCGGCUGGAGCGUGUGCCCACCAACGUGCCCACGGGUUGUGCCAGAUUUAAGGGUGACAUUAUGCAUUUCCUGGAUAUACAGCUGCAGGAUAAAUACAAGAAUCUUAUACACAGCACUUACUAUCCACGUGGUGGACAUUUUGCGGCACUGGAAGUGCCACAAGUACUUUAUAAGGAUUUCAUUGAAUUUGUGCAGAAAGUUGAGCGCAAAUUCAAAAUACCGACUUUAUAAGUGGAGUUGCAAAAUAAAUGCUAUCGAUAAAACCAAACGAUCGUCAUUUGAUCCUGCCAAAAAGCUUUGGCGCAGCGUUGCCAGCUGAGCAAAAGCUUUAAGAGCACAAGGAAGAUUAGACAAAAGAAUGUGCGAGUAGAAAGUAGAGCAGAAAAGAAUUUUCUAGCAAGGUUAUAAAUUAGCUUGCAAAAAAUAAAAAG